AGGAGGAGGGGAUUAGAGAUGUGAUGUCAGGAUGCUUCCGUGCAGCCCCAACAACACAGACACAUUGCCUGUGAAUGAGAGUUCAUCUCGGUACAGGACGCGCAGCGUGUGUCUCCGCAUCUCCCUUCGUCAAGGGCGACUCACAAUGUCACAGACUGGUUCCCAAUCAACAGAGGACGAAAUUCAGGCAUCAUGGGUGGAACUGGAUGGAUGCACUACUGCGGUGGCGAGUCGCAGGGACAGUGUGAUUGGUCCACAGGGCACCACUUCAUCUCUCCUGCAGGGGGAGCUAGAGAGGAUCCUGCUUGAGGCACAGUUGGAGUGUGAGAGGAGCACCCAUGCAGACGGCUCAGAAAACAGCACUUCUCAGGCGUCUCCCCAGAAGACAACCACCCCACAGGUAGCCAGCGAGGAAAAUUCUGUCACCGAAUGCAUAUUACAGCCGGAAGACUGGCACCAGUGCAGACGAUGCAGCAGCGCAGAGUGGGUGUGGCAGUGGUCCAGUCGACCUGAAAAUCAGCCCCCCAAAAAAUUGAUGUUUCAGCAGCCAAAGCGCUCAUGUUCUCUCGGGGUGGGGAAGAGCGGGGCGAUGAAGUGGGGCUUCUUCUCCUCUGAGGUCUUCCUCCUGUUCAUACCAUCCCUGGUGACCUCACACCUGCUCACACUGGCGGUGGGGUGAGCAUAUCACUCUCUGAUUUAUCUGGGAAAGCGACUGGCAACCUCUUCUACGAGCCCGCUGUGAAGUGGACCCCAAUUCUACCAUGAAAUGCCCACUGCAGGUUCACACUCAUCUUUAUUGAUAAUGAUGUCCCACCCUUGAUGCUAGCAUGUGCAUUAGUGAAGCAGUCAGUCAUUGUAUAACUCUUGCUCUUUGUCUUUCGCUCACUUUGUUAGCAAUAAGCACACCCUUCCGCUUUGGGGUACAGCAGAAGACAACCAUGAGAAUCAGUGGUAGGAGGGUAACAAAUCAGAGAGUGAUUAGGUAGACUGUGUUAUGACAGGGAGGAUCGUGGGAUUUGGGAGGGGGGGGGGGGGGAGGCGGAAUGAGAUUCCCUGACAUGUAUCGCUGUGUUACUAGUCAACAUUGUGACACAUUCUUCAUUGUGGACUUCCUGUUAUGUAACCGUAUCCCAGGCUCACAUAAAUAAGCCAGUCCUUAUACUUCAGCAGACAUUACAGCAGAGGGAGGCUACUCAAUACAAUACCUCACCGCCAAAACAACUACCUGUGACAUCCAUGCCAACAAUUCGAGUGCACAAAAGGACAUCAGGCAAUUUCAGACAAUACAAGAAUAUAAGAUCAUCCACUGCUUUUGAAGGUAUCCCUAUUCUUUUGUGGCUGCUUAGCACAGGUGUCAAGAAGGACACUAAGGCUGUAAUGGUACACAAAAUUCAUGGUUCGGUACACACCUCGCAGCAGCAGGGAAAACAGUUUUGAAAUUAUUUAUUAUUAAAACCGCAAGCACAAUUAGGCAAAGCUGCAAUACAAAGGUGUGUCUGAAUAAUCAAAACCUAAGAGACAUUAUUUGUACAUUAUAGAAACAAUUACGUAAAAUAAAUUUAGAAAAACAAACCUAUAACAACCAUAAUGAACUGUCUUCUCUACUACCAAGUAUAUCAGCAUAUCUAUAGCAAUAAACAUAUUAUUAGCUGUAGCUAUAACCUAGUUAUCUUUCAGUCUGAAUUUCCUGCCAAAAUCGCCUUAAAUGCCACGGGAUGACUAACUUGUAGAGGUGGUUUCUGCCUUGCUCUGGUCGUACAGAGGCUCAGAUGAUUUCUCAAAUGAGUCAGUAUGUUUGCUUUUGUUUGUGGGGCCUGUACCACGAAGCAAGGUUUCUUGCUCAGCCAGAUAUCUUGUCCGAACCAAAAUUCUUCAGAAAUCUGGCUUCAUGAUACAGGCUGUAGUCUAACCAACUACUCUCUCUCCAGCGCUGGUGUACUUUUCUGGGAAACCAAAGUGUUCUCAAACCGGCAGUUAUAACGGACUGUACCAGCAUUAGCUGAAAUCAACUCGCAGCCACAAUUAGUAUAAUAUUUUCUGUGUUGAACAUCUACAUCUGUGAAUUUAGAUUUUGCAUGUGUCAAUAAAUGUAUUAAUUCAUUUCAUCGUGUGUACCGAACCGAAAAUAUACGGAAUGGUACACAACGCAUACAUGUGCUGCUAUAGACCAAGAGGAAAAUGUCUGUCUUCUGUCACAUCGGCAUUGUAACGGGAUUCCAGUGCAAAAAUCACAGACACGGUCUCACUGAAAUGUGUGCAAUGUGUAUGAAAGCAAUUCCACAAUCUAUAGGGUGGAGAGAUGGUAGCCUUGAAAUAGGUAUAAGGAUAUGGACUGACAGAGAGAUUCCCUGCUCAGUUUCCAGGUCCAAUAUGAAUGUUCAUAUUUUCCAUAUAAUACACAGGUACCUCAUUAUAAAAUUUGCACCCUUGACUAUAAAUCAAGGGAAAAUUUCCAGAAAACCAAAGGGACGGUUUCCCUUAACUCCAAAGGUCCCAUAACUGCUCUCUAGUGUCUGAAUAGUGUACGUGUAAUAGUGUAUUUCAGAGAAUUCAGUGAAGACUUCCAUCUCCAGCACAAUGUGCCACAGAUCCAAGGCUAACUGAUCAAUGACAGUCACCCCAUUCUCAGAACAUGGCUAAUGAGCCAAGUAGCCAAAUCAGCACUGCUUUAGUCCUACCUCCUUAGACGCAGAUCUUAAAGUAUCCCCUGGCUCCAGAUAGUCAAAAGGCAUCAACCCCUUAAUAUGGAAGUAUUUCUGAUAUACAGUGAGUUCUGCAUGUUGAAUGGUAGUACGAGUCCCCCCCCCCACCCCAUUUAUUUCAGUGUGACUCACCCUCACUCCAGUCCCAACUCAUGUGAAUAACCAUCUAUCUCCCUGGCGUUUGUCUCAGUCCCAAAGCCGUGUUUCUUUGCAAGUUGUGUCUCCCCAACCCACCGCAAACCAUUUCCUGUCCUGUCAUGGAAAAGCAAACUAAAUAAAUCUCUCACAAAAUCCCA